CUGACAGUCAGCCAUGUUUUUGGUGCGACGCUCAGCGCUCAGCUGCGGGUAGACGCUGUACAGAUUGACACAUUUCCUUGGGAAUAAAAGAGUCAGUUUUAUAUACAGGGACUCCCCUGUGUUUAUCACCCGAAGGAAGGAUUAAAUACAGAAAUCAAACCACUUUCGUUGUCCCCAUUGCAAAAAUGGUGGUAAGUUAGCCAGCUGAGCUGAAGAUCGGGAGUGGACCCCCACCCCCCCCCCCCCACCCCCCCUGGCAUUCUCCACACACCUGCAGUCAUGAAUGGUGGUCGCAGUACUUGGGCCAUCACUCCAGAGGAGAGAGCGAAACAUGACAAGCAGUUUGAGUCCCUGUCGCCCGCUCUGGGUUACGUUUCAGGAGACCAGGCGCGCAAAUUCUUCCUGCUGUCCGGCCUCCCCGCUCCGGUGCUGGCAGAAAUCUGGGGGCUGGCGGACGUCACUAAAGACGGGAAGAUGGACCGGCUGGAGUUCUCCAUCGCCAUGAAGCUGAUAAAGCUGAAGCUGCAGGGUCAGGCGCUGCCCUCCGUCCUGCCCCUCAUCAUGAAGCAGCCGCCCGUGCCCUCGGCCUCGGCUGGGGGGCCCUCGCCUGGGGGGCCGUCGCCCGCCGUGGCCUCGGCACGCUUCGGGAUGGGAUCUUUGCCAAAUCUGUCGGUGAUGGCCAUGAUGCCGCCCGUGCCCAUCCUGGCACCUGUGCCAAUGUCGGCCUCCCUGACCUCUCUGAGCUCCCUGGGGGGCAGGAUCACGCUGGCGUCCCCGCUGGUCCCCGCGGGGGUGCCCCUGGCUCGGUACCCCCUCCUCGGCUACCUGCCGGUGCCCGCCGGAGGAUCGGCCCUCCUCCACCCCUCCCCCGUCCCUCGCACCGCAACUCUCCCUGUCUCCAGCUCCCUCUCCUCUCCCAUGGUGGUCCCCAGCCCUGAGAUGGCCAAGGCACAGUCCCUGCUGGAGCUGGGCUCAGGCAGCCUUCAGCUUCAGCCUGCAGCCUUGUCCACCACCUCCCUCCCUGCCCUGGCGAGUAACAUGCCAAAAACAGGCCUCCCGGACUGGGCCGUGCCACAGGCGUCCCGGCUCAAGUACCGGCAGCUUUUCAACAGCCUGGACAAGAACAUGAGCGGCUUCCUCUCAGGUCCCCAGGUCAGGAGUGCUUUGGCAUCAUCACACCUAUCCCAAACACAGCUGGCAGCCAUUUGGAACCUGGCAGAUGUGGAUAAAGAUGGGAGACUCUCGGCUGAGGAGUUCAUGCUGGCCAUGCACCUGGUAGACAUGGCGAAGUUAGGCCUGCCCCUCCCCCUCACCCUGCCUGUGGACCUUAUACCCCCCUCUCUCAGAGAGGGGAAGUCGGGUGAAGUGGUGAACGGAACCACUCCCUCUCCGUACCUAGGGGUCCCAGAGAAGACUGAGGCCCUACAGAAGGCCAAGAGCAACGUGACGUUUGAGGACAGGCGUAAGGAGAACUUCGACCGGGGCCACGCGGAGCUGGAGAGGAGGCGGCAGGCCCUGCUGGAACAGCAGCGGCGUGAGGAGGAGCUGCGGGUGCGGAAGGCCCGGGAGGAGCAGGAGCGCAGGGAGAGGGAGGCGCGCGAGCUGGAGGCCAGGAGGAAGGCGGAGGAGGAGCGCAGGCUGGAGAGGCAGCGCGAGAUGGAGCGACUGAAGGAGGAGGAGAGGCUGAGGGAGCUGGAGAGGAAGGAGGCGGCGAAGCGCGAGCUGGAGAGGCAGAGGAAGCUGGAGUGGGAGCAGAGGAGGCGGCAGGAGCUCCUCAGCCAGAGGAACCAGGAGCAGGAGGACAUCGUGCGCCUCAAGGCCAAGAAGAGGAGCCUGGAGCUGGAGCUGGAGGCAGUGGGGGACAAGCACAAGCAGAUCUCAGACCGCCUGCGGGACGUCCAGAGCAAGAGGAGGAUCCAGAAGGGCGAGCUGGACCUGGUCAACCAGCGGCGGGACCGCAGUGUGACCGAGAUCAGCGUCCUGCAGCAGCAGUUCGAGGACUGUCAGAGGAAGCUCUCUCAGCUGGUCCCAGAGCAGCAGAAACUGAGUGAGAGGCUCCGCAACAUGGGUCUGAGCAACCUGCCCUCUUCGACGAUGACGAUGCUGAAGAAGAGCGUGAGUGAGAAGAAUGCCGUGUGUCGGAAGCUGAAGGAGCAGCUGGAGGCCCUGGAGAAGGAGACGUCGUCAAAGAUGUCCGAGAUGGACCAAUACAACCAGGACAUCAAGGAGCUCAGAGAGAGCCAGAGGAGGCAGCAGUUCGCCCUGGACAAACUCUGCGCCUUCAAAGAGGACAAACUGAGAGAGCUGGAGAGACAGAGGGAGGAAGAGCUGGAGAGGAAGAGGAGGGAGGAGGAGGAGGCUGAGAGGCGGAAAGAGGAGGUGGAACGGCAGAGGCAGGAGAAGCUGAAGCAGGAAGAGGAGGCGCAUCAGAGGCGACUGCAGGAGGAGCUGGAGGCCAAGCAGAGAGAGGCGGAGGAGCUGAAGACGCGUCUCCAAGCGGAGAAGGAGCAGCAGGAACGCAGCCUUGCUGAGGAGGAGGAGAGGAGGCGCAAGGCAGAGGAAGAGGAGAAUCGCAGGCGGUGGGCACAGGAGGUGGCCCUAAGGGAGAUGGAGGAGAGGAAGAAACUGGAGGAGGAGAGAAAGAAGCUGGAGGAGGAAAGGAAGAAACUAGAGGAGGAGAGGAGAAGACAUGAGGAGGAGAGGAAGAAACAGGAGGAGAUGAAGAGAGAGGAGGAGGAGAGAAGGAGAAAAGAGGAAGAGAGGACACAGGAAGAGGAGAAAAAGAAACAGGAGGAGGAAGUAAAUAGAAAAGACGAGGAGAAGAGGAAACAGGAUGAGGAGAUUAAGAGAAAGAAAGAGGAGAAAAAGAAACAGGAGGAGGAGGUAAAGAGAAAAGAAGAGGAGAAGAGGAAACAAGAUGAGGAGAUGAAAAGAAAGGAGAAGGAGAAAAAGAAACAAGAGGAGGAGGAGAAAAAGAAACAGGAAGAAGAAGAGGAGUCUGCAGCCAGACAGAAGGAGGAGCCAGUCAGCCAUCAGAAACCGCUGUCCACCAAGUCCAACAUCAAAGGGAAGGUAGCAGCUCUCCUCAAAGGCAUAGAGGAGCGGAAAGGUGCUAAGCGGGCAGCCAGCAUUGCGCAGAGGAAGUCUGCAGCUCUGGUCACCUAUAGAGCCCUCUUCACCUUCUGCUCCAGGAGCGGCGAUGAGCUGGGCUUUGAGGCGGGAGACCUGAUCGAGGUGGAUGAGAGCGCGGAGGGGGAGAAGGGCUGGCUGUAUGGCAAUGUUCGCGGGGCUGUGGGCUGGUUCCCUGUUAGCUAUGUGGAGAAGCAGCCCAAGGCCGAUCCCUCCGUCUCUGCUAAACCCGCCCUGCUGGCCACGCCCUCCACCCCCAGCUCAAGCAAACCAGAGGACGAGUCUGCUGCCCCUGAGAUGAGUCCGGGUAUCCCCAGUGAUGUGGAGAAGAGCCCCGCCCUUCCACUCACCCCUACCCCUGACCCCGCCCCCGAUCCCGCCCCCCCUGUGACCUCAGUCCCAGUGGAACAAGAACAGGUGGGUAACCUCCAGGCCCAGGUGCUGCGCUCCUGGACAGCGGACGAGGACAGUCACCUGAGCGUCUCCCAGGGCGACGUGGUGACGGUGCUGGAGCAGCAGGAGGACUGGUGGCUCGGGGAGCUGAACGGGGUGCAGGGCUGGUUCCCCGCCUCCUGCGCUGCCAUGGCGACCGCUGACAUGGUGCAUGCAGAUCAGCAGCUUCCCCCUGCAGAUGGAUUUGGGAUAACACAAAGCUGUCAGCCAGAAGAGUUCGUGGCCCUGUACACCUAUGACAGCCCAGAGCUGGGGGACCUGACCUUCAGCGAGGGGGACACCAUCCUGGUGAUGGAGAAAGGAGGGGACUGGUGGAAGGGCUGCAUUGGGGACAGGUCUGGGGUCUUCCCCUCCAACUACGUCAAGCCCAAGGAGACAGAGGUCCCUGCCAACACAAGCAGACCUGCAGCUCCCAACAAGAAGCCAGAAAUCGCCCAGGUAAUGAUGGAGUACACGGCAACGGGGGAAGACCAGCUGACCCUGGCCCCCGGGCAGCUCAUCCUUGUCCUCAGCAAGACCCCCACUGGCUGGUGGAAUGGAGAGCUGCAGGCAAGAGGUAAAAAGCGUCAGAAGGGUUGGUUCCCCGUCUCCCACGUCAAACUCCUGGGCUCCAGCAGUGAGAAGUCCACACCUGCACCUGCGCCAGGUAAAGCGCCUAAGGGGGGCUCCUCAGGUACCCUCUCCCAGUGAGCCAUACUCACGCGUCUCUCUCCUACAGCCCAGCUCUGCCAAGUCAUCGCCCUGUACGACUACACUGCCUCCAGCCAGGACGAGCUGAGCUUCCCCAGUGGUCAGCUGAUCAACGUGCUUGAACAGAAUGACCCUCAUUGGUGGAAAGGAGAGAUCAAUGGAGUCACAGGCCUGUUUCCCACCAAUUACGUAAAAAUGGCCACCGCCGAGAUGGAAACCAGUCAGCAAUCGUCUGCUGACAUGGACGCCUUGAGCCCGCAGGAGAAGAAGAGGCAGGGCUACAUCGUGGAGCUGAUCGAGUCAGAGGAGCGCUACGUGGAGGACCUGGAGCUGGCUCUGCAGGUCUUCCACAAGUUCCUGUCUGAGUCGGGCCGUCUGACGGAGGAAGAGCUGGGAUUGAUCUUCCUCAACUGGCAGGAGCUCAUCACCACCAGCACCAAGCUACUCAAGGCCCUGCAGGAGAGGAAGCGGGUGAGUGGGGACAGGCCGGUGCACAUGGUCGGGGACGUGCUGGCCUCUGAGCUCUCCUGCAUGCAGGCCUACAUCCGCUUCUGCAGCAGCCAGCUGAAGGGGGCCGCCAUGCUGCAGCGUAAGACCGACCAGGACCCCGAGUUCAAGGACUUCCUCAAGAAAAUCGCCACAGACUACCGCUGCAAAGGCAUGCCUCUGUCCAGCUUCCUGAUCAAGCCCAUGCAGAGGAUCACCCGAUACCCUCUCAUCAUCAAGAACAUAAUGGAGAGCACCCCUGAGAGCCACGUGGACCACGGCCAGCUGCAGGAGGCGCUGGAGAGGGCGGAGGAGCUGUGCUCGCGGGUGAACGAGGCGGUGAGGGAGAAGGAGAACAUGGACAGGCUGGAGUGGCUGCAGGGCCAUGUGCAGUGUGAGGGCGUGACUGAGAAUCUGGUCUUCAACUCCCUCACCAACUGCCUGGGUCCUCGCAAACUGCUGCAUCAUGGGAAGCUGUACAAAAGCAAAGGCAGCAAGGAAUUGCAGGCCUUCCUGUUCAACGACUUCCUGCUGCUGACGCACUCCGUCAAGCAGUUCAGCUCCUCAGGGAGCGACAAGCUCUUCAGCCCCAAGUGCAACACGCAGUUCAAGAUGUACAGAACGCCGAUCUUACUGAACGAGGUCCUGGUCAAACUGCCCUCAGAUCCCUCCAGUGAGGAGCCCGUAUUCCACCUCUCACACAUCGACCGCGUUUACACCCUCAAGGCGGAGAACCUGAACGAGAGGACAACCUGGGUUCAGAAGAUAAAAUCUGCUUCAGAGGAGUUCAUUGAGACUGAGAAUAAGAAGAGAGAAAAGACACACCAGGGGCGCUCUUCGAAUGACAGCGGAAUCGGCCGCCUGCUCAUCACCAUCCUGGAGGCCAUCGAGCUCAAGGCCUGCAAGCCCAACGGCAAGGCUAACCCCUACUGCGAGGUAACCAUGGGGGAGCAGUGCUACGUCUCCCGAACCCUCAACGACACUCUCAACCCCAAGUGGAACUUCAACUGCCAGUUCUUCAUCAAAGACAUCUACCAGGAUGUCCUGUGCAUCACCAUCUUAGAGAAGGACCAGUUCGCUCCCGAUGCCUUCCUGGGCCGCACAGAGGUUCCCGUGGCAACCAUCAGGAAGGAGCUGGGGAACAAGGGACCGGCCAAUCGCAGGCUGCUGCUGCAGGAAGUGGCGACGGGGGAGGUGUGGGUCCAGCUCGACCUGCAGCUGUUUGACCAGAAAACCAGCACGUGAGGUCAUACCCACCCGACCCUAUAGCUCUUCCCACUGCCACCGUACUGCCCCGCCCAUUUCCACCAUAGUGCCCCGCCCACUGCCGCUUUCAACCCCUGCCCACUCCUACAAUACAGCCCCACCCACCUGGUCUUGCACCCCAGCCUGCUCCUGCCUGCUGUGGCCACAGUGGGGCUGCAUUUAAAACUCAACACUGCAGGCCAGAGGGCUCCUCGUAACGGCCUGCAUCUGCUCCUCUGAUCCACACACUGGAACUAUGCUGAAUCAUGUUUAUGCAGACCAUAAGAAAGGGAAUAUAUUAUAUAAAUGUAAUUAUUUGAUGGUUGUCUUACUGCCAUUUAGCAUGGUUGGAUAUAGGAAUAUCUCAGGAUUUUAUUGCAAAAAACAGUCAAUUUUUAUGUUUUAUUCUGCAGAGAUUCAGAAUUUUCAUGACUUCAUAGCAAACUUUAACAUGAAGUUAACAUGAAGAGUUGAAUUGCAGAAGCAGCUUGCAAGUGUUACAAUGCCUUGGUUACCUUGACCUGUUGCAAAAUUUUUUUUUGUUUUUUUUUUAAUCUGUGUGUGCCUUACCUGCAACAUGUAUGUAUAGAUUUUUAUCUGAUGGGGUCACAUGCUACUGCCAAUCUACCUACUGUCCUGUCAUGUGCAAACACUCCUUUACACAGUUAUCAUUUAUUUUCCGUAAAGAUUGAAGAAAUGAAAUUUCAUUCAGAGUUUUAUUUCUCGUUUUAUUUUCUGGUGGACAGAGAGAGCCAAUCGGUGCUGCAUCAUGCAGCUUUUAAACCUCCAUCACCCUCUGACUGAGAGGAGAGCUGGGCACAGUGCCAAGCCUGAUGGUAAAGGAGAGCUGAGAAAUACGUACUUUUGUAUGAUGGUUUAAUGCCUGCUGAAUUGCAUACAGGCUAGAGAUGUAUUUAUUUUAACAGAGGACUGUUGAAUGAUUGAAUGACUUUUUCCUAUUUUGAACAAGGAGUUUUUCUGAAGUAUUUGACAUCAAAUUUUGACAUACCAUGUGAUAUCCUUCAUGUGUACAUGCCUUAACAUGAAAUCAGGGCAAGCAUUUAAUUAGACAUAGCAAGCCUGUGCCAAAUGGAUAUGUCAAGUUUAACAUUUUCCCUGUGUGUUCUGGUAGAGCCUUAAGCACCCUUUCACUGUUGCACAUCUUAAGAUUGCAAUGACACGUCUUAAACUGCAAUGUGAGUAAAGACUUUGCUUUGUGUAGGUCUUUACUGUGGUUACGUGUGGAUACACCGGAGGUACUGAACAGAAUUCUUGGAGGGAUCGAGAUUUGGUCAAUCUUUGAGUUGUA